GCGCGAUGAAGCGUUACAUUGACAAAAACAUUGGUCUGGGUCAAGACGCAGCAAUUGACUUCGUAUAGUUUAGUACGAUACCUUCGUUGGAAGUAGCAACAUGUCGAAUGUAUGCAGUAACGUCGAUCAUAAAUGCCUUUUAUGUUUCUUAAUUAUCGUCGUUAGUUUAGUUAAUUUAUCUACUGGGGCCAUCAUUCGUGCGAGUAGCCAUGAAGAUCCAGAUAAGAUGUUCGAAGAUAUGAAAGUAGUAGAAAGCGAGGAAGUUCCCGAAUUCUCGAGAAAAGAUUUGAUGGAAAUAAUUCAAAAGAGUCAAUUUUUCCAAGAUAUAUUUUCUGAACAACCCGAUCCUAUGACUAUUCAAUUCGGUCAUGUAUGUGAAAAUCCUAACGAGUGGGAGCAACGCUUUGAGCAACGAGAUUUUAACAAAAACCAUCAUCAAGGAAAGAUGCGAUGGGGAAACAAGAAUGGAGACUAUGGAGAACAUUACUGGGACUUGGGACACGCAGGAUAAUUAACUUUCACACCUAUAUCAAUUUGAUUUAUUAUGCCAAUCAUAUAGAUUUUUAAUUUUUAUACAUUUUAAAAAUAAAGUUCAUUAAUUUUUUUA